CAUCACCAACUAAAGUUCGUAGAAGCUAACACCCUACAGUGGUACUACUGCUAGAGUACUCUUUGAAAUGGCGUUUCCCAACUCGUCUACACCACUCCUCCCGCGAAAUUCGACUUUUGUAACGCCCUCGCUCCUUUGGAAGGCGGGGGCUAUCCUUGCUACUACAGGAAUGAUUGCUGGCGCAUUUGGUUCCCAUGGAUUGAAGCGCAGGCCAGGUAUCACGCCUGAUAGUUUGACCGCCUGGCAAACUGCGGCUCAUUAUGCGAUAUUCAAUGGCUUGGCCUUGUUCAUGGUCUCGAUGCAUCCUCGAUUUUCGACGCACAAGUUUGCUGGCCCUGCAAUUGCAGGAGGAGGCUUUGUCUUCUCCGGCUCCAUCGUAGCGCUUGUUCUGUGGAAAUUGAAGUUCCUCGGACCUAUCACUCCCUUGGGCGGUAUAUUUAUGAUUGCUGGGUACAUCACCCUGGCACUCUAGAUCAGCUAGCUAUUCCUUCAAGUUAUUACUUAGAAUCAUGAUGUUCCCAAGCCUUGGCCUUGCUGUGAGCCAUCGUCCCACCCUGGUUGUACGUCAGUACAUGAUACUUUGGAAACAUGACUACUUUUUCUCGUAUCUUUUUCUUGUCGACAAAUGUCCAUACACUCACUUCUAGUUGCAGUCGUGAGUGUCGAAGUUUGCCUUUGAGCGUGGGCUGCUAGUAGGUUUGAUUUAGUGCGCAAUUCCAAUCAUCGGCUAGGGUUCCUUUGACUCUAGCCUUGUUAAUCGUGUACUGCUACGAUACUUCAGUAGAUCGUGUCCUUUGUGGCAGAAACUCUUCAGGAUAGUUGUGUCAGUAUCGAAAAGGGGCACUGAGGUUUUGUUUCCACAUCUCGUCAGUACUUAAUUA